AUGUCUCUCGGGUUUACUAUCUGGUUUGGUAUCAUUGCCAUUUUGUUAAUUAUCUUGAUUUUUGUUGCUUAUGUCCAACGUCAACACGGCUAUUUUGUAAGAGCAAAUAUUCCUGGUCCGCCACCAACGUUCCUACUCGGUAAUUUACCACCUCUCUGGAGAGCAUCAAAUUCAUUUCGCCAGUUGGAGACUUGGACAGGUCUGUAUGGCAAGAUUUAUGGCAUGUUUGAAGGCACUCUUCCGAUUUAUGUUGUAUCUGACGUGGACUUUCUUGAAGAAGUGUUUAUCAAAAAAUUCGAUAAUUUUAGCAGUCACAAACCGGUUUUGGGUGCUCUACCUCGUAAAGACAAACGAGUUCAUUUAUUUGAUGCUUACGGACCAAGAUGGCGGCGUCAACGACGUGUUAUAAAUCCGACAUUCAGUAAAGCGAAGCUCACACAAAUGGUCCCAUUGCUGAAUGGUUGCAUAGAUGAACUCAUGAAAAUUCUCGCACCUUUCGCUGAUGACAAAGCACUGGACAUUGAUAUUCGACCUUUGUAUGCACGAAUGUACAUGGAUGCACUGGCCAUUGUUUGGCUUCGGGAUCAUAUCGGUGAACACGUUUUACGUGCUCGAAAAGACAAAGAAAGUAAUCGCGUUGAUCUUCUUCGUCUUAUGCUUGAUGCAGCCACUGAUGAAGCCAUUCCGGACGAUGAAGAUGAUAAUGGCGAGGGUAUAAUAGAAUCAUCAGAAUUACCAACUGUCACUAAACAGAAGUUGACAUACAACGAAAUCAUAGCCAAUGCCUUUCUAUUUUUUAUCGGUGGAACACAAUCCACAUCGUCCACGCUUUCCUAUUGUACAUUUAUAUUGGCUACUCAUCGUGACAUUCAACAAAAAGUACAAGACGAAAUCGAUGCAAAUACUGAUGACAGCUCCCAACUUCCAACAUAUGAUAUGAUUGAAAAGAUGGAAUAUCUGGAUAUUUUUAUCAAGGAAGUCACUCGUAUAUAUCCUGUUCUACCUUUCGUUUUAAAUCGACUGUGUACUCGAGACACGACAAUUGGAAAACACAGCUUGGAAAAAGGUGAGUUAAUUUUCCAACACUCAGGAGGCAACUGUACAACUUCUUGA